AUGAUAAUUUUGUUGACUUUGGUCACGGCCGGAGCAAUAACCACAUUUUGUCUGUCAAGCCAAAUGAGUCUUGUUUAUCUGCCAUCUACCACGCCAACAAUAUAUACCGGCAGGACGACCGCUGUUUCGCUGCAGAUAAUCAGCCAUUUCAUUGACCGAUUGCUCCCUUCAUUGUUGCUGUCGCUCACUCUAAUUUUGCUUGUUCCAGAGAGCCUAUGGAUGGUUAGUCGUCUACCAAGUGCUGGGGCUCUGGUGACAAAAGAGGUGCAAAAGACACAGAACCUGGCCAUCGGUAUGUAA